AUGCAAAAGUGCCUUGUCUUCUUCUCCAUCUUCUCUUCUUUGGUAGCUGCAGUGGACCUGCUGUCUUGUGAAGACUGCAUCUCUCCAGGGGAGACUUGUCAUGGAAAUAUACGGCCUUGCUUCUUGGGCGAAGAUACUUGUGGAAGCUUCUUAGGGGAGACCACUCUUGGUCCAGUGGGAUUUAUGGGUGCCUUGAAGGCCUGCACGGGGCACCGAGCUUGCAGAGCUGGCAUCCGGACAAUGACGCUUGGCCCUGGGAUCACGCUGCGGAGGAAGGCCUUGUGCUGCAAAAGCGAGAGCUGCCAGGGGGAGUCAGCUAAAUGCAUGUAUCUCACAAAUCUCUUUGAGACCGGGCCUCCAGGCUGCAUAGAAUCUUGCAUCUAUCAAGGCAUACCUCCAGUCAAUACUUCGUUGAAUGGGUUCAGCUGCCCAGCUUGCUACGCACAACAUUCACAUGGGUGUGAAGCUGAAAAGGUCAUGGCUUGUACUGGAUCGGAGAACUAUUGUGUCUACAUCAUAGGCAUGCUGGAUUUAUUACAAAAUAUCACCGCUGUCAGCUCGAGAUUCACUGCCAGAGGUUGCAGCACACAAAGUGUCUGCGAGCACAGCAAGGAGAUGUCUGUUUUUUCGGGGCCUUUCACUUACACGGUAUCCAGGGUCAAGGAAUGCUACCCAGCACCCCCCAGCACUAAUUCUGCCUGCCUUCACCACCGCUCUUGGGGAGGCCUCUUUUCUCAGCCCACUAUCGCUCUCAUGUCCUCCUAUUUCCUGUUCCUCUCCUCCUUCCUGAGGAUAAAGCCAUUAGCGUGGCCCUCCUUCUUCUGA